AUGGCCGACGACGGCGCCCAGCGUCUCGUCCUCGCGCCGUCCACGCCCGCCGCCUUUCUCUCACACCUCUUGAACCAGCGCCGCCAUCCCACCACGGCGCUCAUCUGCGCCACCAAGCACGACUUCCUCCACGCCGCCGUCUCCGAGCUCCAAGACGCCCCUCCGUCCUCACCGUCCUCCCGCCCCGACGACCAGCAAGCCCCCUCCAAGCACGCCAUACUCAAAGCCACCCUCGCGCACAUUGCCACCUCGCGCCACAUACAAACCGCCUUCGUCCCCAGCGUCGCCCACCUCCGCGCCUACCUCUCCGUCUUCCCCUCCGCCACCACCACCGUCCCCGCGCCACCAGAGCCGCAGCAGCAGCAGCAGGAGCGGCAGCAGCCCGCGCUGCUCGUCUACGGCUUCCUGGACGUGCACCGCGACGGCGGCGAGUGGUCCGCGCAGGGCAUCGGCUGCUCGGCGGCGUGCGUCGUCGAGGCGGCGGCGCGCGCGGGGCUGGCGGCGGCGCUGAUGGAGCCCCAGGGCUGGGGCGCCGAGCAGGACGAAACCGGGAGUUGGGCGGCGGUGUAUGAGGAGCAGAUUCCGCUGCUGAGCUCGACGGCAGAGGUGCGCGAGGACGGGACGUGGGCUGUGCCGUGCACGUCUGCGCGGACGAUUCUCCGACGAUGGUUUACGUUGGACUAUUCACAAACAUGA